AUGAGAUCCGCUCAACAACUCAUUGAGCUUCCUGAAGAUACGAUUUUCUAUGAAAUACUGCCAUGGCUACCGGUUAAAUCACUGCUUAGAUUCAAAAGUGUGUGCAAAAAGUGGUAUUUUUUCAUUUCGAGUGAAUAUCUUUCAAGAAUUCAACUUCAACGGUCUUCUUCUAUUCCAAGGUCUGUUCUUGUUCAUUAUGAAGAUUUCAAAUUUCAGGCAAUCAAUUUUAAUUUUGAGUACAAAUUUGUUGGGGGUCAAAAUAAUUCUGUUGAUUUAAAGGUUCUUGAUAAAUUGGGUUUUUGCAAUACGUUUGAUGAAGUUGUAAAUUUGGGUAAUGCUGCUGAUUUAAUGGGUUCCUGUAAUGGACUGUUAUGUAUGUUUUUUUCAUCUUCUAAUGAAGAAUGGUGCAAUUUUUAUGUUGUGUAUAACCCUUGUAUAGGAUCUUGCAUUGAGAUCAAAGACCACCGUGAAUUUGAAGAGAAAGAACUAAAUUAUGGUUUUGGUUAUGUUACUAUGCUGGAUGAUUAUGAGAUCGUCAAUGUCGAAUUUGUCGAGGGUAUGCAGGACGCUGAGAUGGUGGUUUCUGUUUAUUCAUUAAGGUCAAAAGAAUGGAGGCACAAAUUUGUUGAAAAAAGAUUGGAUUUUGAUAAACAACCUUGGGCUUUUAGUAAGUUUGUAGGAGAGUUAGUAAAGGAAACACUGUAUUGGGGUAUGAUUGUCGGUAAAGAAGGAGCUCUUAAGAAAUGUAUUUUUGCCUUUGAUUUGGCUAAGGAAGAGUUCAGAAUUAUGCCAUUGCCUAAAACCAACUUGGGGGAUGAUGAUGGGGUUCGUCGUUGGGGAUUUGGGUUGUGCAGUAUCAAUGAUUGCUUGUUUGCUUGGGGAAAAUAUGAUGAUGGACAUUUAGAACUGUGGAAGUUUAAAGAACAUGGAGGGGUGGAAUCAUGGACUAAGUUGUGGGCUCCUAAUUUGAUGGAGAAUUUGGGUGUCCAAGAUUGUAGGGAUUUGUUCUUAAUAAAGGAAUCUGGAAAGAUUCUGAUUCUCACUGGUGCAGAUGCGCUAGCGUUUGCUGACAUGAACCACGAUCCACCAGAAUAUAUGUAUUUUGACGGCGUGAAGAUCAGUGGUGCAGUGAACUAUGUUUACAGUCUGGUAUCACCUAUUCACCUUUUAUUGGCAUGA